AUGUUUUAUGAACCCCCUGUACGACUUUGCAUUUCAUCAGUCAAUUCGAGAUGGAUAGGAGGACUACUUUUAGUACACUUGAUCCUGGUAGCCAAACAAUGUUCCGCCCAACAAAUCCGUUUAAUUCCGUAUAUUCCAGAGCAAGUGUUUGCUGUAGGUUCCAACAUCACCUUGACUUGCAUCUUUGAAGAUGUAGAAUUAUAUAAGGACAAUUCGUUGUGGCAGGCGUGGCAACUGCCCGACUAUGUUGCCAAACAUCCGGAAUUGAGCGAUGCAAGCCACCGCCUUAGUCAGACGUAUGUUAAGAACGGAACGCACAUGAUAUCGACGAUGACCCUCACAAACGCUGAAACCAAAGACACUGGAUAUUUCGGUUGUACCGUGCGUUUGUUUCGUCUGCGUGACGAGAACUAUGAAGUGAAACAAUACGUCUACGUUUCAAGUAAUGACAAUAAUGUUUUCAUUGACGACCAACAAGGUGGCAUGAAGAACAGCACCUUUAUUUUUGAACACGGAAAUUCUGGCCUUGUCCCGUGCAAGUCCACUCAUCCUAAUGUUACCGUCUCGCUCAUCCGCAACUCUCGAAAUUUAUUAUCUGAACCCAAUUCAAACUGGUUGAUGGAAUCGAAACGCGGAUUGAUACUUCAUCAAGCGACGUUUGAAGACACUGGUGACUACCAGUGCAUUGGAACAGUCAAUAAUAUCAGCACGAAGAUAUUUUUUAAGAUUUUCGUUGAAGGAAUAGAAUUGAUAAGAGUUGACAACAUUGCUGAUCCAUGGGAAGGAAACAAUGUCACAUUAAUUUGUCGUGCCAACACCAAUCCCGAAUUUGCUUCGCCUCCCGAAUGGUUUUUCAAGUCAAAAUUCGACAUGAGUACACUAAAACGAAUUAAUGAGACGGGCCCAUCUGAAGGCAUUAAAAUCAGCUUAACUAAUGACGAGUUGGGAGUUUACGAAAGUCGACUAGAACUUCUCAAUGUUAACCGCCAAACUACUCACAGAGAAUUUAAGUGCAACUCAAAAAUCGAUAACAAAACUGUAUCGAAAGAAAUUUCUUUUUUUAUUACAGGGCCUGAUCACUCAUGGAUAAUCUACGGACUAAUACUUCCUAUCGGUAUUAUUGUUCUUGUCAUGAUUUUUGUUGCAAUCAUCGUUGUCAUCCGAAGGCGAUAUUGUGCGUCCUGUGACAUUGAAGAAUCCUCCUGUUGUGUUUGUCUACUCGGACUUUUGAACUGCUUACAGAUGUGCACUUAUUGCUGCCUUGCUGCAUCCGACUUCAGCUCGUAGACAUUCCUCAUAAGGAACAGAAAAUUUUUAAUUUCUAAAACAAUUUAUGGUCUUCGUUUGCAUUUUUUUAAUGCACCGCCGCAUUAUUAUGCGUAUUGUUUUAUAAUUACCUCCUCCUUCUAUCACCCCUUAGUAAAUAAUUAGUAAUACAUUUUGCCAAAAAUUUAAA